CUCCUUCAAGACACGUUGUGAACAUCAACAAAAUUUAUUCUGAAGUAAAAAAUGGAUUGCGCCGGUGACUCGGAUGGUUUGGUUCCACCAAUUAAAUGGGAACCACAUUGUUCUAAAAAUACCAAAAUGGACAAGCUAAGGCAGCUGAUCAAUGAAAAAUAUUCAGUUGAAUUGAAAACAUACAGAGAAUUUCAUCAGUGGUCAUGUGACAAUUACAGUGAAUUCUGGGAGGAAGUGUUCAAAUUUACAGACAUUAUACAUUCUCAACCCUACUCACAGGUUGUUGACAAAGAGAAAAACAUUGCAGACAUACCAGAAUGGUUCCCUGGUUGUCAUCUUAACUUCACAGAAAAUAUAUUACGAUAUGAUGAUGACAGGGUUGCUGUUUAUGCUACAGGAGAAGGUCUUGGUGUAUCUAAGAUGUCUUUCAGACAGUUGAGAGAGUCAGUAACUAGAUAUGUUACAGCACUGAAGAAAAUGGGGGUACAAAAAGGGGACAGAGUUGUUGGAUACAUACCAAAUUGUUGUGAGGCAUUAGAAGCUAUGUUAGCUGUAGCCAGUAUUGGUGCUGUGUGGAGCUCUACAUCACCAGAUUUUGGUGUUCAGGGUGUUUUAGACAGAUUUACACAGAUCAGACCUAAAGUUAUUUUUAGUGUAAAUGCAGUCUGGUACAAUGGAAAAAUACAUAAUCAUUUAGAUAAACUCUCACAGGUUGUACAAGGUUUACCAGAAUUAGAGAAAGUUGUUGUGAUACCAUUUGUACCAGAUGCAUUAUUUGAUUUGUCUAAUAUAAAAAAUGGUUGUGCUUUAAAGGAUUUCCUACCGAACUUGGAUGAAGUAACAGAAUUAAAAUUUGAGCAAGUUCCUUUUAAUCAUCCCCUGUUUAUCAUGUAUUCCUCGGGAACAACUGGUGCUCCUAAAUGUAUGGUUCAUUCUGUUGGGGGGACAUUACUUAAACACAUGGAGGAGCAUGUUAUACAAAGUGAUAUGGAUAGAGAUGAUAUUAUGUUAUAUUAUACAACUGUUGGUUGGAUGAUGUGGAAUUGGCUGGUAUCUGUGUUGGCUGUUGGAGCAGCUAUUGUUUUAUAUGAUGGUUCACCUCUGGUACCAAAAGAUACAAUUAUGUGGGAUCUGAUUGAUGAGUUAGGGAUAACAUUUUUAGGAACGAGUGCAAAAUGGUUAGCUGUAAUGGAAGAUAGAGGAUUAAAACCGGGUAAAACACACAAGCUGGAAAGUCUUAAAGCCAUAUUAUCUACUGGAUCUCCCUUAAAACCACAGUCAUAUGAUUAUGUAUACACAGAUAUAAAGAAAGAUCUACUGCUAGCUUCUAUAUCAGGUGGAACAGAUAUAAUAGCAUGUUUUAUGGGUCAGAACUGGACUGUACCAGUAUAUAGAGGGGAGGUCCAGGGUGCUAACUUGGGAUGUGCCAUAGAAACUAGAGAUGAAGAAGGCAAACAAGUAUAUGAUGAAGCAGGAGAACUUGUCUGUACCAAACCAUUUCCAUCAAUGCCUGUAUUUUUCUGGAAUGAUCCUGAUGGCAAGAAGUAUAAAAAGGCUUACUUUGAAAUGUUUCCAGGUGUAUGGGCACAUGGAGAUCAUUGUUGUAUCAGUAGUCACACAGGUGGUAUUGUUAUGCUGGGUAGAAGUGAUGGUGUGUUGAAUCCUAAUGGUGUAAGAUUUGGUAGUGCUGAAAUCUACAAUGUAGUUGAAUCCUUUAAAGAAAUUCAGGAUAGCGUUUGUGUAGCACAAAGGAAGAAAGAUAAUUCAGAAGAAAGGGUUGUUUUGUUUGUCAAGAUGGCCACAGGAAGCAAUUUCUCCAGUGAACUGGUUACCAGAAUUAAGAGUUGUAUUAGAAAUGAACUAAGUGUCAGAUAUGUACCAACUGUAGUAUUGCCUAUUGAUGAUAUACCAUACACUAUUAAUAGUAAGAAGGUUGAGGCAGCAGUAAGGAAGGCUAUGAUGGGCGAGGAGGUUGUACAGAAAGGUGCAUUGGCUAAUCCACAGUGUCUAGAACUGUAUCAUAACAUCAGGGAACUACAGAAUUACUGAUAUUACUCAACAAUCAGUCAGGAGAGAUGGGAAUAAUUUAACUUUUGUAGACAAUUCAUAACUGUAGAAACUAUGUCUUAUCACAAUUAUCAAUAGAAAAAGGAAACGGUAAUUACUUAACAUUUGUAGAUCCAUUAUAACUGUAGAAACUUUACCUAUUCGUCAAUGAUUAUAUCACAAUGAUCAAGAGAGAUGGAAAUAUUAACCAAUGGAGAAACAUACUUACAUUAAGAUAAUUACUAUAACAUUAAGGAGGUAGAGCAUUCUGCAGUUACUCUUCAGGAUUAUAAAACUGGCCAAGACAUCAACUGGAGAAUAAUUCAAUUAUUUAAAAGCUACUUUCACAUUGAUUUAAAGAACAGCAAAAGUUAACAUAAAUAAAUAUCAUUAUCUGACAUUUUCUAAGUUACAAACUUUACAAGUUAAUGUUCAAAGUUAUCUCCCUUUGAAAAAUGCAUACCUAUGUGAUAUAAAUGAAUUUCUUAUCUAGGAUUUAUAGUGUGAUAUUCAAUUUUUUUUCUCAUUAAUAUAAGGAAGGUUAAUUAAUUCAUCACUAUGUCAAUAGGUUACUUGAGAUAAAUGAAAAAUUUUAUUUGCAUUUGUAAAGUGAGUGUUUUUAAAUGGCAGCUUUUUUUUUUUUACCUGAGUAUAAAUGUUAAGUUGUGUAUAGAAGAUAUUAUUGUACUCUGCUCUGUAAAUACUUUCUAAAAUGAUUGGCAGCACUACUUAUUAGUUAUAAUGAAUCCUGUGAUAAGAAAUCACUAUUGGGACUGAGAAAAUCUUUCAUCAUGAGAAUAAAGAUCUAAAAAAUUAUAGAAGUUUUUACAUUCAAAAGGAACAGGAAAAAGAAGCAUUUUUAUACAGUUACCCAGUUACCCUCUUUGACUGUAUGAAAGAUACUGUUAUACAUUGCUUUGUAUUUUUAAUUUUUGUAUUGAACAAUUUUUCUUGAUCAGAUAUUAGAGUCAUUGUUGAAUAGACAGAUAUAACUUUCAAAUAAAAGAAUAUGUUAUGUAUCAUAAUAGAUUUAAAUUAGAUAAUGGAUAAUAUUUAGGUAUCAGGUGUAGAUGGGAGUUCCCACAGGUUUAAUAUUGAUAUGUUUUCCUCUACUAAAAUGUGUCCUGAAAAAUAUUCAGUUCAAUAAUUUUCAAUAUUUGUUUUAAGUGAUGUUUUUAUUAUUAUUGUCGUUAAUAGCACUUCAUUCAAUUUCAUGGUAGUUAUUUCUGUCAUCUCGGUUACCUACUCACAAGUUGAGUGCACAAUGCCAUUUUUUUAAAUGACCAGUAAUAAUUUUUACAAAAAAUCUGAGAGAAAAAAUGUAAUUUGUAAUUUCCAAUUCAGUACUUUUAUAACUAUUAUUAGUUUUUGUCAUAAGUUUUGUUGGAAAAAGAAUUACUGAGCUGUGAACUUCUACUGUAGUUCGGUGCAGACUGCCAUUAUCUUAAAAGACAGCAGAUUUGUACACAAACAAUCUUGCAAGUAAAAUCUGUUGUAUGUUGCACUGAAUUAUUUGUGCUAUAAGUAUUUUUUUUUUAAUGAAGAUUUUUUGUGAAAAUAGCCAAAGAUGGCAACCAACUACCUAAGAGCACUUGGCCAUUGAGGUCUCUAGUGUAAAAAAAAUAUGCAUCAUUAAUGGAUAUUAUUGAAAUAACAAGAUGACAUUGACAAUUAUUAUAAGUUAACAUUUAAAAAGGCAUAUUUCAAAUGGUUGUUGCUAAUGACAUGUAUUUAAGCUUUGUCAUAAUUGUCAUAUUUUUAAAGUUCAAGGUCACUGCUGAUCAAUAUUUAUUGUUUAAUGUCUCAUUCAUAUCUUUGUUAUUAUUUUUACAUUUUCUGACUGUAUUAUAUCUGUGAUAUUUGUAAAAUAAAUGUACUAUUAAUGUUGUAAAACCAUUUUCAUUUUGUCUCCCAAAUGAAGUUUGCACAGAUUGAAGUUUUGGAUAUAUUUUUGUCUCUGUAUGUCUCCAUUUCUUUCCCAUAUAAUUCUAAAACCUGUCUUAUAGUCAACGUUCAACAAAAAAUUAUCUGAAGUAUAUAAUAUUGGUAUCUUUAGAAUUUUAAGGAUUGAGUCAUUCAAUUAUUUAACACUAUAAUGAAGAUGAUUUUAAAAAAAAUAUUUAAACUUCAUGCUAUUAGACUAAAAGGAAAUGAUAUGUUUACAUUUUGCCUGAUAAGCUAUGAUAGUUGACAGAAAUAUGAUCAUCAGCAGUUAUAUCAAAAGAUAGAAAAUUCACAAAAUUUAAUGUUAUAAGUGUAUGAUCAUGGUGUUACAGAUGAAUAAUGAUCAAUUUCAUGUUUUGUUUGUUUGUUUUGGAUGUUCUACAUGUACUUUUUUAUGUGACCCUUGGAAUUUGACAGCAUGCAAGGGCAUUCUUCUAGUCCAGAAAUAUCUUAUUUGUAAUUAUAAAGACUUAAUUUCAGUGUUCUACUCAAUACUAGUAUUUUCAAAAUUCGUGUACUAUGCGAUUUAAAAAUAGCAGUUUCUUUAGAAUUUUAGCACUUUAUUGAACUUAAAAUACAACCAAUAAUAAAAUCUAUUCAGAUAGCAUCAUGGUAAAAAUAUAGCACAAUUUUAGUAUGGCGUGAAAAUGCCAUUUGGAGGACAAUUCAAAUAUAUUUGCGGUUUCAUAUUAAUGAAGAUAAUGCACAAUGUAUAUCAAAUGAUCAAACUAAUUUUAUUUAUUUGUGCAUAUAUGUAGUGUACUGUUACAUUCCGUGCAUAAGUUUCAUAUCUUGAAAUCCUAUUGGAUUUUAAACUUAAAUCAUAUAUAUUUAUUUCUGUUUUGUACUGAUUUAAAGUAUUUUGUUUGUUGUUUUGUUAUUAUAUUUUGUUAUUGUUUAUUUUGAAAUGCAUGUUAUUGAUUUUAUGACAAUCUUGAUAUUUAUAUGUUUGUUGUGUUCAAUGUUGAUAGAGGUUAAUAUUAUUAUUAAUAGGGUAUGACAAAUAUACAAUAUUAUUACAUUUUUUGCAAUGAAAUAUCAUGAUAUUGCAAUCAAAUAAAAACUGAUAAUUUCACAAUGAAAUAAAUCCUGUAAUUUCACGUAUCUGAAGUUAUACAACAAUAUGUGUUGUCAAAGUGUCAAUUACAUCGCAUGAAAACUGAAAUGAGAAAGGCAUAAAAAAAGAUAUAGGUCCUUGCAUUUUCACUUAAAUUACAUUAAAGAUCAAUUUAUUAUUCACAUAUUCAACUCAUGAUCAAUGAACAGUGAUGAUUCACUUAGGCGCUAUGAACAAUUGUGAAUUAAUAUGUUGUUCGGUCACUUGUUGAAUAUUUUUCAAGAUAUGAAAUCUUGGAAGAGUUAUUCUAUUACUCCUUAGUACUAAAAUAGAUUUAUAUCAAUGUACAUUGGUAGCAUUUAAAAAAAAAUCAUUGGAAGGUAAAUUACUUUGUUCUGACUCCACAAAAAAUAGAACAAAAACAAUGGUUUAAUAUCCAAUGUAUAAGAUUUUUUCAACCAGUCAUAAGGUUUUGAUGUAAAUUACUAAGAAUGCUUUAGAUUUUAAUGGAUCCCUGAAAAUGGUUCAAAACCAACUAUUACCAAUGGUUAUAGUCACUUAAAAAUAUUUAAAACUUUUUAAACUGAUGCGUUAUCCAGAAGGCUUGUAUGUGAAAUUGCUUAAAAAUUUGUAACAGGAAAGGUAUGUAUCUCAGUUUUAGAAAUCCCUGUAUAUGCUCACAUGUAGCUUAACUUGGAGAAAUACUCAAUAAAUAGUGCUUAUUGUUUAUAGCUUAAUUUUAAAGGUCAAAAUAGCCGUGAGCUUAUUUUUGAAUACAUGAAAUUGAACUUGUGACAAUCAUUUGUAAUUACAAAAAUUUACUCCCAAAAAAAAUAACAUUCAUUUAAAUUUUUGACAUCUGUGUAUUUAAAUGGAAGUGAAUAUUUUGUUGUUACAAAAUCUUCAUAUGGGUCUUCUUAGUUGUAGAAAAUAAACAUGUUGGAAAUAC